AUGCCAGCAUUAAGAUUUAAAACGUGUCAUCUACUUCCAGGAAAUGUUCGGAACAGAGAACUUUCUCUAAUCCAACACCGUAUUCUCCGAAGAUUGAGGAACACGAGGAGAUCCAUUAAAAGAAAUCUUUCUCGGAGAGAAAAUCGAAACAGUAACAUCAAAUCACAAACUACACGAAAGUUGUCUCUUUAUUAUGGGGAUUUACCCAUAAGGGAGAUGCACAGAGGAAGAGAACGAACUUCAUAUAUCCCUUUUUUACUCAAUCAAGAAACAAGAUCAGACGUGAUUCCGGUUCGUCUCCAUUUUAGUGACACUCUUCCUCAAGCAAGGCAGCCGAUAAGUCAUCGAAGGGUUUGUUUGAAUAAUGGACUGGUAACCAUUACUCAUUUGAAAGUUUCCCACGGUGAUCUAAUAUCUUUUAAAGAAAAUGACACGAGAACCCGCGGUUUUGAAAUAAGGAGAUCUUUCUAUAUCGACAUAUUAGUUGGAAAAAUCAUAGGCAAAUUCCUAUCGGCCAUAUCAGUUGGAAAAAGAAGAGGCAAAUUCCUACCGGCCAGAAUCUGGAGAAGAACAAAAAAAGAAUGGUUCUGCUUACUCACAACUCAGAGGGGAUGCCGCUUACUACUCAAAUCCAAGGAAUUGCGAAAGUUGCGUUCUUAUAUGCAAGAAGAAGACUUUGAAAGAACAAAGAAGUUUGGAUCCGCAAAAGUAUGCUUAGGCAGUUCCUUCGCUGAGCACAACAGAAUGAAGAGGAAUUUGUUUCAUUUCAAAUACUUCUUCUUAUUGAAAAGAGGGAAGGAGAAAAACUGA